UCCUUUCUCUCUUCCUCUCCCUCCCUCUCUCUUACAUUAGAGCUUUCCAUCUUUCGCUUGCAUCGCACUCGCUUUGACAGUGUUAAAUGAAGACGCUCAUCAUGGCAGUUUUUGCGCACCUGUACCCAGCUGUGUUUUUCGCUUGCGCGUGGAUGGCACUGUUAGGACCGAUUUCAUGUCACAGCAGCGGUAUUAUAAAGCAGAGAAGCGAACGGGACCGGGAGCUUGACAGCCGCGGUGGGCAUGUCACUGGCACAGAUGAAGCGCUUAUCUCAGCGUACAGCCGCGGAGAUUACAGUGGAGACCCGGGCGGAGCGGCCGUGGGAGUUCCCCGAGUCCGGAGGGCAUCGACUCCGGAGAAAGUCUCUCUGCUCAGCAGCUCUUUCGUCCUUAAAGGGGAUGCCACCCACAACCAGGCAAUGGUCCACUGGACGGGUGAAAACAGCAGCGUCAUCCUCAUUCUUACCAAAUAUUACCAUGCAGACUCCAACAAAGUUCUGGAGAGUUCCUUGUGGAGAUCCAGUGAUUAUGGGUCAACAUACACCAAGCUCAACUUGAUGCCUGGGACAACCAUCAUCGUCACAAACUUCUAUAUCUGCCCCACUAAUAAGAAAAAGGUGAUCUUGGUGAGCUCCAGCAUCAAUGAACGUGACCAGAUGCUUUUCAUCAGCACAGAUGAAGGUGCGUCCUUCCAGCGGCAGCCCGUCUCCUUCACCGUGGACUCUCUCCUCUUCCAUCCAUCUGAGGAAGACAAACUUCUGGCUUACAGCAAAGAGGCGAAGCUGUAUAUCUCCACUGAUCUGGGCCACAAAUGGACUCUGCUUCAGGAGCGCGUUACCAAAGACAGAGUUUUCUGGGCCGUGACGGGGGUGGAUGUGGAUCCUGAUUUGGUUCAUAUGGAGAUGCAAGACAUCAGCGGCGGAUACCUUUAUGUCACAUGCCUCAUCCAAAAUUGCUCUGAUAAAAUGGUGACUGCGCAAUUCCUGGGGAAGAUUGACCACAAUUCACUCUCGGUGCAAGAUGAAUACAUAUUUGUGAAGGUGACUACAGGAAAUCGGACCAAAUAUUAUGUCUCAUACCGGAGGAAUGAAUUUGUUCAGAUGAGAUUCCCUAAAUAUUCUCUUCCAAAGGAUGUGCAGAUUGUGAGUACAGAUGAGAAUCAGGUGUUUCUGGCUCUUCAGGAAUGGUAUCAGACGGACACGUACAACCUCUACCAGUCUGAUCCACAGGGAGUCUAUUACUCCAUUGUGCUGGAGAACGUCCGCAGCACCAAGCAGCCUGAAGAGAAUGUGCUCAUCGACAUCCUGGAGGUUCGUGGAGUCAAGGGCGUUUUCUUAGCCAAUCAGAAAGUAGAUGGAAAAGUAAUGACUCUCAUCACCUACAACAAAGGCAGAGACUGGGAAGCGCUCGCUCCCCCUGCAACUGAUAUGAACGGCAAACCUGUCAGCUGCAAACAGCCUGACUGUCAUCUUCAUCUGCAUUUGCGAUGGGCCGACAACCCGUAUGUAUCUGGAACGGUCCACACUAAGGAUUCUGCCCCAGGCCUCAUAAUGGGUGCAGGUAACCUCGGCUCUCAGCUGGUGGAGUUUAAAGAGGAGAUGUACAUCACGGCAGACUGUGGCAAGACCUGGAGACAGGUUUUUGAAGAAGAGCACCACAUUCUCUAUCUAGAUCAUGGUGGUGUCAUUGUGGCCAUUAAGGACACCUCGAUCCCUUUAAAAAUACUCAAGUUCAGCAUAGAUGAAGGACGAACGUGGAGCAUUCAUAACUUUACCAGCACUUCUGUGUUUGUGGACGGACUUCUGAGUGAACCUGGAGAUGAGACUCUGGUUAUGACGGUGUUUGGCCACAUAAGUUACCGUUCAGAUUGGGAGCUGGUGAAGGUGGAUUUUCGGCAGUCAUUUCCCAGACAGUGCACAGAAGCUGAUUAUGACUCCUGGAAGCUCACUGACCUACAGGGAGAGAAAUGCAUCAUGGGCCAAGAGCGAGUUUACAGAAGGAGGAAAGAGACAUCGUUCUGCAUUAAAGGGAAAAGUUAUACAUCAGCGCUAACAGCCAAACCUUGCCCCUGCUCAGAGAAAGACUUCACCUGUGACUAUGGCUUUGAGCGAGCUCCCAGUCUCAGGUUAGAGGGGGAUCGCUGUUAUCCGGACUUCUGGCAUAAUCCUGAUGCUCCACCUGAAAACUGCCAUUUAGGACACAGCUAUAAAUCUAGCACAGGUUACCGAAAGGUCAUCGCUAAUGUUUGUGAGGGUGGCUUGAAUAAAGAACAGAGCGCAAAGCAGCAUUCCUGCCCUUUGCUGCCCCCUAAAGGCCUGCAGCUGGGCAUCAAAGGACAGAUGCUGGCAGUGGCUCCUGGAGAUGACAUCACCUUUAUCGUCCAUCAGGAGCAGGGUGACACCAGCAGCACCAGGUAUCAGGUGGAUUUAAUGGACGGGGUCAGGGCUAUAUAUGAGAACCUGACUGUAACAGAUGAACCCAUUCAGCACCGUUAUGAGAAGCCAGGAGUUUACCGGGUGAAUGUGAAGGCUGAAAACUCUGCCGGACAUGACCAAGCCAUGCUUUAUAUCCAGGUCACAGCUCCUCUACAGGAUGUUCAUCUAGAGGUUGUCCCAAUCGCUGGUCGAAAUCAAGAUGUAAAUCUCACAGCUAUAGUGCUUCCCACUGAGGCAAACCUGACUGUGUUUUACUGGUGGAUUGGAGACAACAUGCAGCCAAAGCUGACCCUGGAGAACAGUCUGAUAACUAGGUUUUCUGAGGAGGGUGAAGUUCCUGUGACCGUUCAGGCCUCUAAUGGUCGCUCCAUGGUCCAGGACAGCAAAACUGUCAUUGUUUAUGAUCAUUUCCAGAUCAUCCCAUUGAGUUUCAGUCGUAAUUUGGACCAUUUUAACCCAAACAUCCCUGAAUGGAGACGAGAUGUGGGGGAAGUCGUAACAAAGAUUAUUGCUAAGCUCACAGGGGUUCCUCAGGAGCAUCUGGUGACGAUGGUGAAGCCUGGGCUUCCCACCUCUGCAGACUUGUAUGUUCUUCCUCAAGAGACCACACCAGUAAAGAGGAGUGUGUUUGUUGACAAGCGUGUUCCCACCAUCAAACAGGUUCUGAGUGAGAACAAUGUGAGCUUCAUUGUGAGAGGAGGGUUAAGAGUUUUGGUGACUCUGGCAGAUUUGGAUUCAGCCACACAAUUGACUUCAUCCACACAAGGUUCUGGUUUGGCUGCUGCAGGUCCUGGUGUUUGGGCUGUAGCUGUCUUUCUUCUCAUAAGUUUGAUCUCCGCUGCAGCGUUCAUACUCUUCAAGUUUAAAAGGAAAAACUACAAAAACCAUGGUUGGUUGCUGAGGCCAGAGGAGAGCAGCCUAACGCGUCCCUGGCUGCGUUUCAGAAAACUGCCAGGCAGAAACGUCUACGCUCAGAUGCACAACGAGAAGGAGCAGGAAAUGACCAGUCCUGUCAACCACAGCGAGGACACGCAGAACAUCAUUCAGGGAGAAGAGUUCAUCGACGACGACCUCGACUCACAGACACUAGGCAACCACUCAGGGGUGGUUUUGAGCAUAAACUCCAGAGAGCUGCACAGUUACCUGACCAGCUGAUGACCAGUGUGAAGGUGCCAGCGAUGAGCACAAUGGACUAUGCCUUCUUCCUCUCUCCAGAUCUGACCCUUCAGAAGAGAGAGAGAGCAGAGACACACCUGCACCAAACCUUCUCUCCCUCCUCACAAUGUCUGUUCCAGACGGUGGAUUUUUCUACCCUUCUGCUGUGGUUUUGUACCCGUUCUGGUUUCACUGGUGACCAUGUGCACCCUUGUCCACCUUCUCUCAUUUCUUCUCAUUGUUGCUCUUGUCACGGGAGCAUGAGAUCAGCCCCACUUACUAAUGCCCAGGGACAAACUCAUUGACAAACACUGUCUCGUCACUUUCAGUGUGAAUAGUGUUGUUGACGGCACUGAGGGUGUGUGGAUGUUGUAAAACUGAUAGGUGAGUGAAAGCAGUGCAGAUGUGGUGCAAUGCACGCCAAGCGGUAAACGGUACACAUUUAAUCCAGGGAAGCAAGGUUUGUUUAGAUUUAGCCAAAGGGAAUCACUUAAGAUAUUUUCAGUCACUCUGUAUUGUGUUGUAAACAAUGUUUUGGACAUGUCGGUUCAGCCUAUCACUUCUCAUAUGCAAUAACGCAUGACAUCUUUUCCUUUACUCAAUAACAGAACAGAUUAUUUCGUCCUGUUUUAUGGAUAUGCUAUGCAGUGAAGUCAUUUUUGUCUGUAGCCCAAAGUAUACUUAAGUUUUUUUUCCCCUUCAAAAUCCCCCUAAGAUGCAGAGCUGGCACAUGUGCUUUGUGUUGUUUUUGCACUUCUUCGUUUGUCCACAAUGUGCUGCUGAUCACGGUCACAGAGAGGAAGAACAACAAAAUACAAUUCCAGCCAGCAAUUAAGGGGCCAAGCACAACAGAGGCAGAAUGAAAUAUUCAAUGAGGGUACAACUUCAGGUGGUUUUAGUCAAAGCUACAGUCACUAGUAAUAUGAUUUAAUUGUUUAUUAAAUUUAACCAGUAGGUGGCACUGGUACAAAAC